UAAAAUGUAAUAUAAUAUAUACCCACACGAAGAUAAAGCACACGAUAGUGACAGUACGUCCUUUACUUUUCUUUACACAAGACGUGCCUUGCAGGGAAUAUAGUUAAUAUCGGUGUCUAGUAAGUACACUUAGAAGAGAACAAAGCUAAGUUUUAUAAUCUGUCAUUACAGUAUCUCCGAGGAGAACUUCUACAAAUGAGGACGAGCAGAGUCUUGCUUUGUUUUACUGUAGUUGUAUCAGCAUGCAUAAGCGAAUGCAAGUAUCACCCUAACUGGUCGUCUAUAGACUCGAGGCCAUUGCCAGCUUGGUACGAUGAAGCGAAAGUCGGUGUCUUCAUGCACUGGGGAGUGUUUUCUGUUCCUAGUUUUGGCGAGACGGCAUGGCUAUGGGCUUUUUGGCAGAGGGAUCAUGUGAAGCCGUACGUAGAUUAUAUGACAAAAAACUACAGGCCAGGGUUCACGUAUGCUGACUUUGCUCCGGAAUUCAAGGCGGAGUUUUUCAAUCCUGAUGAAUGGGCAGAGAUACUGGAAGCCUCGGGCGCAAAAUACUUCGUGAUAACUACUAAACAUCAUGAAGGGUUUACUCUGUGGCCUUCAAAGGUAUCCUUCAACUGGAAUGCUAUGCAGGUUGGACCCAAAAGAGAUUUAAUUGGAGAGCUUGCCACUGCAAUCAGAAAGAAGACUAGCUUGCACUUCGGCCUCUAUCAUUCCCUGUUUGCCUGGUUUGAUCCUUUGUAUGUGACAGACAAGAGCAACAAUUUUAAGACACAAUUGUACCCACCGGCAAAAGCCUGGCCUGAGCUGUAUGAGCUAGUGAACAAUUAUAAGCCAGAGAUUCUGUGGUCUGAUGGAGAUGCUGGACCUGAUUGGUACUGGAACUCUACCCAGUUUCUGGCUUGGCUCUACAAUGAAAGUCCUGUGAAAGAUUACGUAGUAACCAAUGAUCGCUGGGGAAAUAAUGGAAUAAUGUGCCACCAUGGAGGAUAUUACACUUGUGCUGAUAGAUACAACCCUGGUAAACUUCAGAAUCACAAAUGGGAGAAUGCUAUGACACUGGACCGGGUAGCCUGGGGAUAUAGACGCACGGUCAAACUGAGUGACUUGAUGGCCAUGGAGGAGUUGAUAUAUCAAAUAGCAUCUACUGUUAGUUGUGGUGGAAAUAUCUUGGUGAAUGUGGGACCAACUGCAUGGGGCACCAUAGUUCCAAUAUUUGAGCAAAAGUUACGUCAAAUGGGAGAGUGGCUGAAAGUGAAUGGAGAGGCCAUCUAUAGUACAAAGCCAUGGUCCCAUCAGAAUGAUACUGUUACCAAGCAUGUGUGGUAUACCUCAAAGAAAACUGGGAAUGGUACAGCAGUUUAUGCCAUUGUCUUGAAGUGGCCGACCACCAACAUUUUGACUCUUGGUGCUCCGAUCCCCACCUCUGGGACAGUGGUCACUAUGCUGGGUUAUGCUGGUUCUUUUGGAUUCAAGGGCAUUGGUCAGCAGGGAAUAACCAUUCGUAUACCCGUGAUUCCAUUUUAUGAAAUGCCGUGUCAGUGGGGCUGGGUGUUCAAGCUGGAAGGACUGAAAAAUGCUGCCUCAAAAGUGGGCUUCUGAAUUUGUAACAGCUCACAUGAAGAAGUAUAUUUAGGAAUUCUCUUUGGAAAUUGGUCAAGUCAUGAAAUACAUGUUGUAUAGUCCCUGUUGAACUAAGUUUAGCAUUGAGCAUAAUAAGUCUAAAUUUGAGUUAAAUUGAAAUUCAUAUUUUGGACAUUACAGAGAUUAUUUCAAUAGAUGAAUAUAUCUUAAAUUGAGAUUUACAGUAAGUAUGGUUGUGCUGAUUCAUAUUUGUUAAUUUGAAAAAUUAUUUGAAA